CGCAAGAAACGACACGACACAAUUUUUGGAAGGAAAUAAUAAAAAAUGACAUGUUCCUCAUUUCGUUGGAAAGCUUCCCUCAUGAAAAUUGAUUGAAAUGUGCUAUUAUUAAUUAAACACGGUAGAUCACAGACGAUCCAACGCAUUCCAUGCUGCGUUACACAACAUUCAUCAAACAUGAAGACUCCCUUCUACAACGCAAACGGGAUUCCCGUUGUUCAAGGGAUGAGUUGCGAAAAUAAAAGGACUAGCAGGAGCAGCUUGAACCAUUCGAUCAACGACGCUCAAAUCAGCGAUGCCAUCGCACGAAAGCAACAGGACGAAAUCGACCAGCGCUUGUCCUAUUACGCAGCAACUGACCAUCAUAAAAGCAGCUUGACGUCUAUGAACAACACCGUCAUGAUCGGUGAUCGCAACAGAAACGGAGGCUCCCGGCAACAAGAGGGAUCCAUACCACGGGGUGAAAUACAACCAACUGCUUUUCGAGACGUCGGCUGGGCCAUUUUGUUCUGUGCGCACGUGAUCGCCAUCGGAUAUGCCACCGCUCACUUUGCGCCUCUCAUCGCAUCCGAUAUCGCAAACGAAUAUGCGGGAGGUGCACAUCGAUGGCUGGAGCAGGAGCUACAGCAGAUAGGAGAUGGAUUUUACAAUGAUUCUGAUCACAAGUACGAGUACGAUGAUAAAUCCUUCAAAAAUUACUUAGGGAUCUUUCCCGACGAUACGGAUAGAAGCGAAAGCAUUAUUUAUUGGGAACAACAAAACAGAGUUCUCAAUAACGGCGAUCAGGAUUCCGAACUGUCUAUGAACACGCUAUUGACCAUCAUGGCGAUUAGUGGAGCGGUUGGAUUCCUCAUUUCAUCCCUGGCCAUGUCUCUGAUGAUGGCGAUCCCAACCGCUAUGAUCAAAAUUGCUCUGACUUUUAAUUUGAUUGUCACGACAGGAGUCCUGGUACUUUCGAUCUACAUUGGCGCCAUUUUGGUGGCCGUCAUGUCCGGAUUGGGCCUCAUCCUCACCAUUUAUUACACGUACAUUGUCUGGCGACGGAUACCCUAUGCGGCAUCUACUCUGGUGACGGCUCUGACCGCUGUCAAGUGCAACAUGGGACUGGCGUUCUUUGCCUAUAACAACCUCGUCGUCACCUUUUUGUGGAGUUUGUGGUGGUCGACAGCCUUUGUGGCCACGUUCUACGUCGUGGGAGACUGCGAUGCGGAGGGUUACUGCGAGAACGAGAUCAACGGAUUCUUAGUCUUUCUGUUCCUGGUGAGCUUCUUUUGGACGACCCAGGUCAUCAAGAAUGUCGUUCACGUGACGGUAGCCGGGACGGUGGGCACUUGGUGGUUCGUUCCAGGGGAGGCACGGGGCUGUUGCUCCUCGGCGGUGCGAAAUUCUUACUGGAGGUCCGUCACGACCUCCUUUGGAUCCAUCUGUUUCGGUUCACUGAUUGUUGCGUUCAUCGAAGCGACUCGUGAAAUCGUCAAUUCCGCGCGCUCAGGAGAAAACGGACUGAUCAUCUGCAUCAUCGAUUGCAUUUUGCACAUUUUGGAACAGAUUGCAAUGUAUUUCAAUAAGUGGGGAUAUGUGUACGUGGGGUUAUACGGAUACAGCUUUGUUGAGGCCUCUGUCAAUGUAUUAUCGGUGAGUUUUCGCUGCAGUGCAGUUAAUUGCAAUGCAAUGCCAAGACCCUUUUCGCCGCAACAAGUUGUCUUUGGGUGUUUUGCCCGAACGCUUGCAGAUUCGAAGACGGCCACACCUCUGGAUAAAGCAUCAUAUCCGAUAUAUUCACAUCUUCUCUCUCUUCGUUGCCCUUUUGGUAAAUUAGUUGUUUCAAGCUAGGGGUUGGUCCUUAAUAAUUGCCGAUUACCUCGUUGACACAGUGCUGUUAAUGGUAAGUAUCUGUGUCGGUGUUAUUACGGGAAUCGUUGGUGCAUUGCUUGGGAUUCUCAUGGAACAGAAUGGAGCAGUGGUUGUCGGCGCCUUUUUGAUCGGCGCCGCAAUAGGGUUCGUUUUAUGCAGCACAUUAUUCGGUUUGGUAUCAUCGGCUGUGAACGCUGUUAUUGUUUGCUUUGCCGAGGCACCAGCCGAGUUCCAAUCCAACCAUCCCGUGCUCUCGCACCAAAUGAUUACCGCUUGGAGGGAGGCAUAUCCAACCGAGUUUGGCUAUUAGAAGUCAAUCAACACUUGAAUAUUCUAACAAUACAAUAGUAGUGAAUAC